UCGAGCUGUGUAUAUUAUGAAGUGACCAGCAGGUGGCAGCAGCAAACGCUCAUGUGCUGAGCCCAUUAAUGCAGUGUUUCAGUAACUGUGCUGCUGAUUUUUAGUGCAUUUCCAUUCCAGACCCAGUCAUCUGGACUGCUCUUGUCUUCUCCACACUGCAGCACCAAACAUCUCUGGGUUCCACAGCUGGGAUAUGGCGCUAAAGACGCGAGAGUCGACGGGACAGAAACGGAGAAAACCGUCAACUUAAAGUUCUAAAAGGACAAAACUAGAACCCAAAAAGCGAUAAGGUUAUCUGAGCAUUCAGGAGAGCUUUUAGUUCUCUUUGUCUAGUAAAAAAGAAGCAGAAAGCUAACGAACUCGCUUGUUUACUUCUGGAGCUACAGCAGAAACACUUCCCAAACUUAUCCGUGUAAAAUGGGGGAGCAGCCUCUCUUUAGCACAAAGGCACACGUCUUCCAGAUUGAUCCGGCUACUAAGCGAAACUGGAUUCCUGCCAGCAAGCAUGCCGUCACUGUGUCGUUUUUCUUUGACGCCAACAGGACUGUGUAUCGCAUCAUCAGUGUCGGCGGCACGAAGGCAAUUAUAAACAGCACGGUAACACCUAACAUGACCUUCACCAAGACAUCGCAGAAAUUUGGGCAGUGGGCAGACAGCAGGGCAAACACCGUGUAUGGAUUAGGCUUUUCUACAGAGCAGCAUCUUCAGCAGUUCUCAGAACAGUUCAAAGAAGUCAAAGAAGCUGCACGUCUCGUGAGGGAGAAAUCACAAGAGAAGUUUGAGCUCAUCUGUCCUGGUUUAAACAUCGACCCUCUUCAGGCUCUGUCUGGAGACCGGCGCUCUCUGACAGCACUUCUGUGUGUAAAUGGCUCUGGGGAGGACAAGCUGUUUCGCAGCAAGAGCGCAGACCUUGAGCUGGCCAUGAAGAAGGAGUGUGUUAAAAAGAUACGUUCAGAAGGAUCCAUAUGCGAGGUAAGCAUGGAGGCCGAGCUGUUCACUCUGAGGAAGAGCAACGCUAAGCUUGUUGCAGCGCUGCGUGAAGCCAACAGCAGCAUUGAACAGUGGAAGAAUCAGCUCUCGGAGUAUCAGCAGGAGACGCACAGACUCCGAGAUCAGGAAUUUCCAGCGACAGAGCAAAGAUUUGUCGCCUCUGAAUUAAGCACGGCGUUAACGUGUGGUUUUGAAGAACCGUGUGUGGCCGAGCUGGAAGAGCAAAGCGGACAUUCUGCUGCAAGUGAGAACAAGACCGAGGAUCUCUUCCAGUCUGUAGAGGAUAUGGAAGCCCUCUUAAUGGCUAAAGAUGAAGAAAUUAACAAGCUUCAAGGCAGGAAAUCAGAUUUCCAGGAUUUGGUGGAGGAGAGGGAAGAGAUUUAUAAAAGAAUGCAGGAACUGGAGCAGAGGAACUUGGAGCUGGAGCAGCAAGUGCAGAAAGCAGAGCAGAAUUUAGCAUCCUCCAUGGAGGCAAGGCAGCAGACGGAGGGCCAAGUGCGGAAAGUCAUCGAAGUGCUGGACGUCAAGAUUUUUGAUCUGAACAACUUGAGGCAGAGUCUGGACAACUUUUUAAAUAAAUAGCACCAAUCACGUGCGUCAAACAUCAGACCGCUAAAUCACGCAGGCAUGUAGAGAAGAAGCACGGCAAUUAAUUCCUCUUAAACGUGAAUCCGCUAUAGUGGUCUACGUUACUUUUCCAAAUCUCAGAAAAAAACUUCGAAAAUUACACUUCACUCAGUCACUAAGGUUUAGAGACAGAAACCCAUAAUUAUUAGAAUAAGACUUGGAUUUUAUCCCUCAACAUUUCUGUUAUUCUUAUAAAUAUGCAUGUUAUUUCUUACUGAUUUUUUUUUCUCUAAUGUUUUCCCUGCCUCUGCUUUAUUCAUAUCCUGAUAGAUCAACUACCCAGGUGACUUAUUCUGUCUAUAAAUCAUUACAUGACAAUUUAACAGAAAAUCGUAUUAAAAAAAUCAGCUUUAUGUACAGCUCUCAUCCUAAAAGGUACAAGUGAGAUGAGAGUGUAAGAAUGGGAUAAAGGAUUCAUGUGUCUCUCUUAUCUGAUACCAUUUCAUCUACAGUAGGACUGCUUGAUCUACAGUACUUGUGCAUGUAGGCCGUUUUUUCCCGUUUAAAAUCAGAAUGUAAUUAAUGGGAGAUCCCAACUUGGGAGCAUGCAUUAAGUAGUAAAAUGUGCAUAACUGGGAUUAAUAAGUCUGAUUGAUGUAUUAUAUACCAUUGUUUGUUGCAAAGGAUGUAGUUACAGAAACACUACAUAAUUUGUAGUAAAGAUUAAUGUAACUCUCAUUGCAAUAGUAGUUACCACUGCCAAAGCUUCAGACCUGAUCAUAGACAACGAUGAUGAAACAUCGAGUCAUUAGUUUACAGUCUCCUUACUAUUACUGCUACCACUAUGAGGCUGCUUUUUGACUUCUAAGGAAUUUGUAAAUCUGUGUAUUAUUGAUAUAAUCUGCUCUAUUGCCUAUACGUUGUAUGGCCAAAAGUAUAUAGACACUUGAUCAUCGCAUUCAUAUCUGGUUCUUCUCUUAACUCUUAACCACAAGUUUGAAGCACACCGUUUUAUACAGUAUAUUUGUAUGCUGUAGUGUUACAAUAUCACUACACUAUCAGUUCCAGCAUGACAAAGCUUCCGUGCACAAAGCACGCUCUAUUAUGACCUGGUGUGUUGAGGUUCAACUGGAAGAUCGUGUCUUGCACAAAAGCCCUGAAUCUGACUCAACCUUACUUGAACACCUUUGGGAUGAACUGAAACACAGACUGCACCCCAGACCUCUUCACCUGUCCUCCUUAAUGCUCUGGUAGCUAAAUGAGUAGGUUAUAACAGAGUAUGAGGUACUAAAUGUGGACUGAGAUUGUUAUAUAUACAUUGGUCCGGUGUAAACAUACAUUCGGCCAUACAGUGUAUGUUGGAUGUAUGCGAUUUAGAGACUGCAAGUGGAGAGUUCCUCUGAAUUAGAUUGUUUCGCUGCUUAUUUAUAGUAUUUCUUAUUGUAUAUCCCAUCAUAAUUUUUUUUUAGAGAUGAAUAUGAAACAUUAAAAUAUGACUGCUUACACUUAACAUUUCUUUGCACAAUAUGCUGCAACUCGUCAAGGACUUUAUACGAACUUCCCACUUCAGCUGUGAACUCUUUCCUAUUCAUUUUAAAGUGUCAUAUUGCAAAUUUAGAAUACGUGAUGCUUUUUCUUAUAACAAGUUAAACAGAGCUAUUACAAAACGUGCCGAGGUUCAGACUCACAGCCGCGCAUAAGCUCCGGUUUCUCGCCAAGCAAACUAUUCAAUAUUAACAAUGACCCUUUUUCGGUAUUGCCAUUUCUUCUUGAGCAGCUCUUUGCUGUCCAUUAACAAUGUUGCAUAAAUUUGCUAUUUUUCUAAUGCUGAUAUAAUGAAUAUGAAAAAUGUUGUCCUUUUUUAAUUGGGUCUCAAUAAAAUGUACUGUCUUAUCUUCUGUGAAAAA